GGUUUUAAAUAGUUCUGCUUCCACAUGAACAAUUCCUUGUAGGAUAUUCCUGGUGUGGAGUAUGAAGUCGGACCAGGUGAGGCGUCCUUUGUGUGGUAUUUGAGUGUGCCUGCCCGGGAUGAAUGCAGUCGUCCCCUUCUCUUCUCUAAACUCCUCUCUUUUCAGAGCCGGCAGCCCCUUGCUGAGUUGGUCGCAAUCAUUGUUUCUCUGCAGCAUUAACCACAUUCCAGAGAGGCGCAGCGCAUCCUGUCUACAUCCCCGCAUUCCUCUUUACGCGAACGAGUCCCCGGCGUGAGACGGCGUUUAUUUGACAUUAAUGCUCGCUUGGUGUGCUCGGAAUUGCACAAAACUGGUAUUUACUGCGUGCUCGAUCAUCCAGGCUACUUUAAUCCGCGGCAAAGAGGCAGCAACACAGAUCUAGAUGAAAAUCCAACACGGGGAAAUUCCUCCGCGCAGCGCGCCAUUGACUGUAAAGACCUUUCAACUUAACAAAAACUGAAGUUGACAAACGUAUCCCCGUCGGCUGAAACUGUGAGAAAGAGUUUGGGUUUUUUUCUCUCUUUCGGCGGAGCGCGCAAAGCGAGGAGGGAAGACGAUGCGGCACUCGGUGGAGGUUUGCGGGUCCGCGGGUGGUUUUGUGUAAAUGAGCGUCGGCUGUAGCGCAGCGUUUUGUUUUGAUUUCCAUGUGAAACGCAAUUAGUGCUCCGCGGCGCUGCUCGCUAGUUUGGCUGGCGGAGCGGAGCUACACUAUCUCAACUUGUUUCUGCACAACAUGGAGCACUACCAGGAGGAACUGGGACUCCGUGCCAGCAAACUGAUGGAGGACCUUUCCCUGUACGAAGCCUACAAUGACGGGAUGUACAACUCGAGGAGAGACUUGGUGAUAAGCCCCGAUUUAGACUUUUCGGCUCCGGCGGUGGCGGAGCAUAAAAGUACGCCAAUGAAUGGCACCUCUGUGCUUCACCAGCAGCAUCACACAGUGGAGAAUUUCACGUCUGGAAACAAAGUGUACAACGCGGCUCCAGUGCGCCCCGUGAACUGCAACCGGGCCGUCCCCGUGGACUUCUGCACCCCGCAAAGAGACGCUGUUUACGGGGAGGAGAGCUGCUGCACUAAGUCCGAGGUGGCUCUGCCGUGCUACACGGGCCCGUCACAGGAGAGACACCGCAGGUUCUCUCUGGAGGCACAGGGCCACAGGUACAGCACCGGCUCCGCCUUCGACGGCGUGCCGCUCCACAAACCGGCGGCUCUACCCGGCAACAGGUGCAACAGCGUGUGCAUCACCAGCAGCCACGACGGCAGGUACAACGCCACCAGUCCUCGGUCCAGCCUGGCAUCUUCUCUGUCCUCCCAGGAGCAGAGCAAGCAUGCCAGUCCGAGGUCGAGCAUCAGCAGCCCGCGGACCAGUCUGGUGGUGCCGGGUCAGGACAGGUACACCAGUCCCAGGUCUAGUUUGGUCCAUUGUGAGGGCAGCAGUGCCCUCAGCCCCAGAUCCAGUUAUGCAAGCACCGCCAGCGACACGAGUAAGCACUCCAGUCCGCGGGCCAGCCUCAACAGCUGCGACUGCUGCAGCAAACCCAGCAGCAACCGCACCAGCGGGAUCAGCAUGGGCUACGACCAGAGGCACGCCAGCCCCAGGUCCAGCACGGCCAGCCAGUACUCCUUCACCACCAGCCCCAGGUCCAGCUACUCCGACUCGCGGUACGGGCCCGUAGUCAACCACGAUAUGGAGGGUGCGAUCUUACACGCAGCGCCGCUGGCGAGCCCCCGCUCGAGCAUCUGCAGCCAGGACGGGAGCGCAAGACCGGGGACCACCGCGAACUGCGUGGUCAGUCCGCGCUCCAGCAUCUCCAGCCACAGCUCCAGAAGCUCCCGCAGCUCCAGGGGGUCAAUGAGCACGUACCCCGACCUGCAGCUGCCCUCACCCAGGUCCUCCAUGCUGGGGAGCAGUUUACACGAGGACACGCUACUACAGGAGUUUGGAGACUCCAACGGGAUCCAGACUCGCAUCCACCUGCAGGUGCUGUCGGCGGUGCCAGAGCCCCAGCAUCAGCAGCAUCAGCAGCAUCAGUCCCCGCAGACUGGAGGGAGCGUGGAGAUGACUGCGGGCUCAUCACCAUCAUUUAGUUACGGCGUGUCCUCAAAACCGACUUCCUCGGGCCAUAGGUUUAAGUUGCCCUACCAGGUGACUCCCAGCCGGGAGAGUGGGCCGAGCCAGGCGGAGAGGCGGCUGGAGGCGCUCACCCUGGAGCUGGAGAAGGAGUUAGAGAUGCACAUGAAAAAGGAAUACUUUGGUAUCUGUGUCAAAUGUGGGAAGGGGGUGUAUGGAGCCAGCCAAGCCUGCCAGGCCAUGGGGAACCUGUACCACACAAACUGCUUCACCUGUUGCUCCUGCGGGAGGAGGUUGCGAGGGAAAGCGUUCUACAAUGUCAACGGGAAGGUCUACUGCGAGGAGGAUUUCCUGUACUCUGGUUUCCAGCAGACGGCUGAGAAGUGCUUUGUGUGUGGUCACCUCAUCAUGGAGAUGAUCCUCCAGGCGCUGGGCAGGUCCUACCAUCCAGGCUGUUUCCGCUGCGUCGUGUGCAAAGAGGGUCUGGACGGAGUGCCUUUCACCGUGGACGUGGAGAACAACAUUUACUGUGUAAAAGACUACCACACGGUUUUCGCUCCCAAGUGUGCCUCCUGCAACCAGCCUAUUCUUCCAGCACAGGGCUCUGAGGAAACCAUCCGGGUUGUUUCUAUGGACAAGGACUAUCAUGUGGAGUGUUACCACUGUGAGGACUGUGGUCUCAAGCUGAACGACGAGGAGGGCCACCGCUGUUAUCCACUGGAGGGACACCUGCUCUGCCACAGCUGCCACAUCCACCGACUGCAGUCGCAGGUCCCGGCCCACCCGCCCCCCAGCUACCCCCUCCAUGUCACUGAACUGUGAGCGGGAGGAGGGUGGGCAGCAACCAAGCCCUACCUCCCAGGUGAUCCGGGACAGCAUUAGUGGGCAAAAAAACAAAAAAAAAGCCCUCAUGCCCCCUCCAGCAAUUCCAGGGACACACCUGUGUGGGCCAUGUGAGCUUCUGCUCCUGUUCUUAACUGGACAGCCAGGUCGUGGCAAACACACUUAGUGCAGCUCCCACUACAUGUCCUGCUGUCAUAUGACAAGGCUGGGAAAAAAGGGUCCUUCUCCUUGUCCAUCUGUGGUCCUCUCCCCCCCCCCCCCCCCCCCCCCGUCCCUUCGGGUGUCUAACCCUGAAAGCCAACACGCCGGCUCAUCCAGAGGCCCCUGGUGACGUCACACCUUCUGACCUCUGCACAUUCAUCAAAGAGAGGGUUUUUGUUUUGUUGCAUUCAGAGGAGAGAGCACAAACUGGUCUCUCUCCUCACUUCCCUCUUUUCCCAAUUCCUGUGCUCCGACUGAAGCAGUUCACCGCAGUGUAUUCACCAGUGCUGCCGAUCUCUGCGGCGGGAAAGGCCAGGGAAACCAGCCACUACAUUCCACUGCCGGCUGGACAGGACAGGCACCAGGGAGAUGGGUAUGCUGUGCCUUCAGAGCGGGGGGAGGGAGGGGGCGGGGGCCCUCCCCGGUGCAGCUAUUAGCUAACUUUAACACUGAAAUGUAGCCUGGCUAAAGAGUAUGCAAAGGACACCUAGCAUCCUGACACAGAGCUAUGAAGACUGUUGACUCGUCAUUCCUAAUCUUGCACCACCCCAACAAAACAGAUGCACCGUAGCAGCACAAGCUCAAGGACCGACUGACAUUCCACUCAGAAAUCUUAGACAAGACCUUGAGAGAUUCACAAGUAGUGUCUUAAUUAAUGAUUAUAUUAUGACAGAAAAAGAAUUUUUUUUAGAUGCACAUAGAUUGUCUUUUAUAUAUGAAUAUAUAUUUUGCAGAUGUUUUCCACAUAAGGUCCUAGUUGUAGAGUCUCUUUUUUGUUGUUGUUGUCGUCGUUGCUGCGCUCUGGAUGUGUUCAGAGGUGAAACACGCCGUCUUUGAAGACUUUUGGUCUCUCGUAUCAUUUCUUGUCCGGGACACAGAGCCUCCUCGUGUCCGUCAGUGGGUCAGAGAUCCACAGGCUUUUUAAAGAGCAGACUUGGCUCAAAUGGUAUUUGCCUGCACUCGUUUAAUUCCACUUUGAGUACUUGUAAUGGUCACUUCUCAAAUUUGGCAACAGAUCAUUCAUUUCACACAGAAUAAUCCCUCCCUCUCUUGACUGUGGGCAGCUAUAACAUACACUGUCAAAUAGUUCUCAGUGCUUAUAUUUGAAGCUUGAAUCUUAUUCUAAAAAUGUUUAAAAAAACAAAGCAGAGUGGAGAAUAGUGAGAACAGCUUUAUUGACACAGGCUACAUGAUUCUGACAUAAUAUUUCUUCCCCAGACAUCUUAAAGGAAUACUUCACCGAUUUGCAUUUAGCUUUGUAUUACUAGCAUAACUGUUAGCAAAGAUGGCAGACACUGUUUACGUUCUGGAAAUGAGGGCCCGUCCCCCUAAGAGUGGGUCUAAUAAAGUGCGGAAUUAGCGUUGCCCACUUUAACCAUCCCCCACUCGUAGGGGGACGGGACCUCAUUCCCAGAACGUAAACAGUGUCCGCCAUCUUUGCUAACAGUUACGCUAACAGGACCGUGUCACUGGUGGGCACGUAACAAAGAAAAGAAUGAAGAUCUUUCUCAACUCAGGGGAAACAGAGGUAGGGAAGCACAAUUUUCCAAAAACGCUACCCCUAAUUCUAGUAAUACAAAGCUAAAUGCAAAUCAGUGAAGUAUUCCUUCAACAAAUUACAGGCUUGAGCUUGGACCUUAAGCAUUGUACUUAUUGUAAAUUUCCUAAGUUUUAAAAUAUAAGUAAAAGCAAAGUACGAGUGAAUAAAAAUUUGUUUCGCUCUACGUAGCUAUGUCAUCUGGGAGGAUGACUUAAACAUACGGACUAAUUAGCGUUCUAACUAUAGAUACACAUCACAUUUUGGAUCACACCUGGUAUUUACAUCUGUCCUGAGCGAUCCAAGAGUUCACACCUGGCAUUCAUUUGCAUCCUGGAUGUGUCUCCUGUGACCACAUGAGAUUUACUCCGGCUUCACGUGCCCUGUAUUUUAAAUACACUGAUGUCAUGACUGUUUGUGAGAACUAAGAUAUGAUUUAACGAAUCUGACUGUACAAAUGUGUAAGUUGUGUGUGUGUGCGCGUGUGUGUGUGUGUGUGAGAGAGAGACUCUGCGUAUGUGUGCGUAUUAUGUGCAAGAGAUGCAGAAGAAGAGAGGAGAGUCAGGAGAGGUUUGAAGGAAUCAGAGCUCCACUCGUGUCGGAAAAUCCUGUGAAAUGAUUAGAUGACGUCAACCGAGGGACGGAUUGUGUUCAUAGACGUCCGGGAAUGUGACCACAUGCAUUUUUAAAACCACAUCCAUGUGGAAUUGGCAGCAUUCAGACUUGAAUAUGAUCGGAUCACUCGAGACAAAUAUGAAUACCAGGUCUGAGGGGAGAUUUUUCACAACUUAUUUUGAUCCUUUGGACGAAUGUGUCCAAAAAUUCAUCACACUCUUCGUCUAACUCACAAAAUGAAAUUCGGACUUCACGAAUGUGGUACUCAAAGUGGAAGUGAAGCAUUACAUCAUUUGCAAAUACCUUUUGUUUCGGGUCUGUUUUUGGACACUGAUUCCUGGUGUGUGUGUGUGUGUGUGUGUUUUUGUCCAGUUACUGGUUUUGUCACGUGAGCACUGAGAACAGUGCAUUCCUAAGAGGAACAUCCACUUAAUACAGAACAGGUAUGUUUGUUUGUCUCACUCUGGGGCCUGUACCAUGAAGUGAAUUCAGCUUGGGGUCGGGGUUAUCCGACAAUCUCUGAGCCCGACAUCAGACGUCCUGAUGCUGAGCAGCAUAACUUUAAAAUUGACACUGUGGGAAACGUUUGAGAGAUGUUAAUUACAGAUGACACCUGGUUUAGUUUUUACCAUCACACUGUCUCCUCGUGUUAUUCUGGGCUGCAGAGAUGGUGUAACGUCAGCUGUCGUGUAGUUAUUUGGCGGCGAACUCUAUUUGUUUGUCUGAAACGGCCAAAGGAUUUGCUGGGAACAGUUGUCUACGCUGGGAUCCUGUGGGAGUGAUGAUUUGCUGGGAUUAGGCUGUUUGACGGUUUUUAAUCUGAUCCUCUGAAGUUAGCCUUACAGCCUAGGUUGGCCUGUUAACGCCAACAAGCUCUGUGAUGCCAGUAAACCUGAGUUAAUCCCGGAAAACAGCUGUAUAACCCUCUAACUUCACUGCGUGGCACAGGCCUCUGAUCUGACAUGAAGUCUGCUGUUGUGGUUUUUUUUUUUUUUGUGGGGACGGUCCUGAAAAUCUGGAGCUGCUGGUCCCACCCAAGUUUUCAAGAAGUCGUCGCUGAGUGUUUGUGUGUGUCUGUGUGCUUGUAUAUUCCAGGUAGAAUCACAUUUGUAUGUGUGCAAAACAACACAUACAUGAGACAAAAACUCUGAGCCGUGGUGGUGCUGGAAGAGUCGUCUCAGCCCUUUGUGUUUAAACUGGGAUUGAUACGAUUGAGACUCAAUAACUAAUAAUUAACAUUCACAGUUUUAAGCCAGAAUUAAAGACGAUGUCGGGAAUUUCUGUGGGGGGGGGGUUAAGAACACACUGUGUCAUUCCUGCACUUAGCCAAGUCAAAAGUGUGUAUGUACGUGUGUGUGUGUUUUAGUGGCAGGGCCAUGUGGCACAUGCACCUCACUGUGUUUGCCGGACAGCACAGCAUCCAACACAGUGGCCCCUGCUCUCUCUGUCCCACUCCUGUGAUGGUGUUGACGUCGCUGUCUCACCAUCGCGUUCUUUGAUCCACACAUUUGCUCCUAACUAUUGGUGUUUGUUUGAACGUAUACAAUCUAUCCGAGUUCACACAUCUUGCAGUAAAUGUGCUCCAGUCGCUCAGAAAUGAAGUAUCCUUCCCCAACUUGUAGCAGACUCCACCUGGUCUGGUUCUCAAGGCAAUCACCAACAGUUGGGUGCAAACACUGGAACCAGCUCUUAUUCUUUUUAUUGUAAUACUGUAAUUGACACAGGUGUGAAUAAAUACUACUGAAUGUGUCAAAGACAGGGACUGAAGCAGAGACUGAAUGCUGGGGUCGCCACAGGCAGAAAGUGCUUUUUUUUUUUUUUUUUUUUUUUUAAUAUAACCUGAUGUAAUGAGAUUGUUUCGAAUGUAAUAAUGAUUAGCGUGUGUUCUCCUCUCGGUUGUAUAUUUGUAAAAGCAGAAAAAGGAAGACGAGGACUGCAAACUGUUCGUGCGACACUGCCUUUAUCGUUGGAUUUUUUUUUUUUUUUUUACCUCAACUUUGUACAAGGGUUCUGGUCAUAUCAUGUGUGCUGUACAUGAAGAAUGAGGCAUUUUUCUGGACUUAACUGAACAAUAUAUCGACACCUGAGAGCAAAAACUAUACGAGACCAGAGUGUAUCACUUUUAAAGAUGUCUUAAUUCACCUGUUUUAAGAGUACUACUUCAGUUUCUAUCGCAUAGCACACAGCUAGUUACCCUGUACAUAAAGAGGCUAGUUUUUCUUUUUUUCUUUUCUUUUUCUGUCCAACUUCACUUGGAGAGAGAGAGAGAAGACGUUUUAUCCUACUGUUAGUUCCAAUAAGCACAUCUCAACACCUGUCACACAUCUUUUGUAUCUCUAAAUGUUUUUGAUUACCUAGAUGGUUCAUAAAGGAAACUAGAUCUAUUUAUCUAAACAUGAAAAAAAAGUCUAAAGUUAUUUAAUGUAUUAAAAAAAAUCGGGACGUAUCGUUUAACUGUAGAUGACAUUAUCUGCUUUUUCAAUAAAGUGGUUUUGUAGCUAA